UGCUUAGCACACGAGAAUGGAGUUCUUACAGCAGCUGGUCAGUUACUCAUCACGCUGUUUUAUGAUAUUUCGGAAGGUAAUGACGCUGUCGCUUGUGCGUGCAGUCAUCCGAUAUUGCCGCUGUAGAAGCAUUGGCGUCACGAGGUACUCUGGACGCUGACUCCUGGAACAAACUUGGUAAGCCAGUGUGACCUUAGUGAAAGAAUGCUGGCAGAGUAAAACUGAUUUCGUCAUUGCCGCAGAGGCCCUCGCAUCCAAGCUGGCGAAGCGUGCAUCUUGCGGAAAGGACGCCUUGAUCAUAGCCGGCCUUUAUUUGGGUAUGUUCAUCUGCUCACGUAUGUACAUCAACUUUCACGUCAUGCGAGCCUCUUUAUUCGUGACAUCUUUUUAAUCCAGAUCGACUAUCGGUUAUGCUAACCUGUGAGAGGGCUUCUGUUCGUAAACACUACAUCAGCAUCGUCGGAAGCUGCCUAGAGCAAAGCCGUCGGCUAAGCAGAAACGAUUCGCUUGCUCUCGUAAAACUUCUGCAAGCGCUCCUCAACAACCGCUCUGCUAUAUGUCGGCUACAGGCUAUAACCUCUCUCGUUGCCGCUGCAAACCAGGGAAAUCAUCACGGCAUGGAACUGACUGAGGUUACUUCAGAGGCAUUGGCCUCUGCGUUGUGUGACAAGAGCAAGCUCGUCAGGCUCAAAGCUGUCAGCCUCUCAAAGCAGUUCUUGUCACUGCACGCUCUGGGAGAUGCCAGAAAGCUGAAACCCCUUAUGAUUACCCUAUUCAGGCUCAUAUCAGUCCCGCCAGAGUUGGGUCUUUCGUGUCUGGAGACUUGGGAAGGUGUGGGCGAAGUACUGUGUCUGUUACCUUUCCCGAAUCCAAUGGUGUACGACGAGCUCGCAAAUCUGUGUGGCGUUGGCCUUAGCCGACCAUCGCGGCCCGUGGCAAGCAAAGUCAUCCAACGCUAUCUCCAUGAUUACGAGCGCUGGGCGGAGUUUUCUGUCAAAUGUGCUGAGACAUCCCUGACAACAGUGAAGGAUUUUCUCAAUGAUGAGGCUUCCCGCGAUCAGUCCACUAUCAAAACCUAUAGAAAGAUUGUGGAGCAAGCCUUUUCUUGCAUUUCGGGAUUGGAAAGUCUCUCAGACGGGCGUACAGCACCUUUCAGAGUGAUUUGGCUUUUCGCUCCAACCUGCACUGAACAUAAAUGUUCCACUACUUAUGAUCCAGUCAUGGUCAGGCAUCUUCAGCAAGUUGUCCAACUUUUCCUGAAGACCAGUCAGGAAAAACAGCAAACUUCCAAACAAAUGGUGUCGUGGUGCUUGAAGGCCUUCGCAGCGGCUCUACAGUCUGGACACUGCACUGGAGCUGAGCUUCAACAGAUUAUUGUGAAGGAUUUUAACCAGCUAUCCCAGAGCUUCCUUGAGGAGACAAUGAGCUGUGUUUUCUCGUUGGAGAACUCAACUCAAGUAUCUCAGAAACUCCUUCAGACUUUUAUGGAGCAUCAUCGCCUGUGGGAACAAGAGCAGAAUAUGGAAGUUUCAGUGAGAUUUCUCGAGCUCAUUGGACACCUCUCCCAACGGUACAAGGUUGCUUCUGAUAUUUUCAUGAAGCGCCUUCGCACCUCCAGAGGUGUAUCCAGCAAUGCAGAGUUUGACUAUCUCAAACAUGAAGAUCUGAAGGCGCAAGAGGAAGGUACGUGAAGUAAGCUUUCCCCAAGUUUCUCGUUUUGAGACUUCAAAGUCCUCGUCCGAGUUUGUGCACAGAUGCUGCUCAGCAUUUCUCGCAACUGCUUUGGGAUGGAAAUUCCAUGCCAGGGUGUUACAUUCCCAUGCUGGUGUCCCUCGCCUCCGGAAGUGACAUUGCGCUUGCCGUGCGAUUGGCAGCUUUGCGAAGCUUGAGUAGCUUCCUUUUGCUGUCAGUUGACCUUGCGAAGCGACAUCGCACUCUGCUGAAAGGACUCCUGGAGGAUGAGGAGAAGCCAGUAAAGGUUGCUGCACUUGCCACUGUGGCCAAACUUAUUCUAACGUCCCCAAAUGAGUUCCCAGAUCUCUUGGAUGGAGUAAGUGACCUUAUGGAUACUGAUACCAGUGAGGUACAGCUGGAGGCAUACACUGUGUACGCGCAUCUCCUUCUUUCUAAGAAGAUGAAGGCACAAGGAUUCAUGAAGCGGCUUGCUGUGGGGCUACUGCAUAAGGAUGCUCGCAUCAAGGGUUUAAUGAAGGAACUGGUCACGCAGCUGAUGGAUGGAAAUGCCAAGAGCCGCUGUGUCUUGGUGAUCAGCAUCUUCAAACAGUGUCCAGGCAACAGAAGAGACAGCCUUGCAAGGACUCUGGUGAAUGACAUACUAGCUCCGUGCGACCUUGAAGCUGAAGAGUUUGGAAGCUCUGUGUUGCAGCUCCUGAGACUGGGUCAGAGUGAAGCAGCGCACUUUCUCCCAAAGCUGCAUCCUUCCAAGAAUCUGGUCUCAAAGAUUGAUUCCUGGACUCAGCUUGACUCGUCAAAGGUUUGCGCACUGAAAAGCAAGAAGAUAUCACAAAGCGUGCUGGGCUUAAUGAGCCGCUACCGCCCAGCUUCAGCAGCAGAGAAGGACACCCAGACCAGAGUGCUUUCCCAGCUUGAGAAGAUUUGUGGACGCCAUGAGUCCCGUGCUCAGCUUCCGUACGAAGUCAAGGGAGGGAUUUGCAUUGAAGACUAUGAAAGGGAAAUUUCCAAGUUCAAGGAUGUCAGGCUGGAUGGAUCUCUAGCUGAUCUCUUG